AUGGGUUGUGGAUACCAACCUUCCGAUUCCCGGGCUUAUGAUAAUAAGCUGUCGAUUGCGAAGGACACUGACAAGGAUCAUGUGGCUAACCUAGGACCCUUACCACGCAUCCCAGCUCCAACAACGCCAUCCUUGGGCCCACAGUCUAGACAUGUUCGGCAUCUCGAGGCAACUCCGGGGGAGGACGCACAUCACAGUGACGAUGAGCUGAAGAAUGUUGUCUGUGAAUCGCGAUUGGACUCGCACCGUUCCUUGCAUCAAAUACAACUUUUGGCCAUUCGGGACUUUAAAUUUACUUACUUCAUAAUAGGUGAAUCAGUGGAAUCGUCAAAUCUCGAUGAGGGCAUCAUGGUUGACGGGUUGGACUCCCUUUCGACAGGACUGAAGGGUCAUCGUGAAGGAAAACAGAAUGUUGUCAUCAAGCCCUCACUGAAGGACAUGAAAGAACGAAAAGUAGACUCUGUGGGUAAGGAACGUAGUGCUAACCAAUGCCAUAGAUUCGCUUGA